CCUCUCGUGGCCUCCCCAGGCCCAGCCCCUGCCUGUUGGCGGCCUCACCCGGCCCAGCCUCGACCUCGCAGUGGGCCCUCCAGGCCCACCUGUUGCCUCGCCGUGGCCUCCUCGGGCCAGGCUCCUGCCCUUCGGCGGCCUCUGCAGGCCCAGCUCCUGCCUCCCAGUGGCCUGCGUAGGCCAAGCUCCUGCCUCCACGGCGGCCUUUCCAGGCCUGGUGUUUGCUCCUUUCCAUCCUCGCCAGGCCCUGAACGUGCUCCAGUCGGCCUCUCCCGGCCCAGCUCUUCCUCCCGGCGGCCUCUGCAGGCCCAAGUCGUCCUCCAGUGGGCCUCUCCAGGGCCAGCUCCUGCCUCCCGCCGGCCUCUGCGGGCCCAAGUCGUCCUCCAGUCGGCCUCCCCCGGCCCAGCUCUUGCCUCUGGGCGGCCUCUCCAGGUGCACAACUUUCUCCAGUCGGCCUCUCCAGGCCCAGCUCCUCCUGCCUCCCAGUGACCUCUUUAGGCCCAGCCCUGCUCACGCCUCCCGGGGCCCUCCCAGGCCCCGCGUUGAACUUUUGGCGGCCUCUUCAGGCCCAGAGCUCGACCUCCGGUCGGCCUCCCCAGGCCCAGCCUCCUGCCUCCCGAGGGCCCGUAGACAGGCCCAGGCUCUGCCUCACAGCGGAGUCUACAUGCCCUGCUCUUGGCCUCCCUGCGGCCCCACCCCAGUCCGACGCGCCUGCCUUCCGGCGGCUUCGACAGGCCCAGCUCCUGCCUCCCGACGGCCUCUUUCAGCCCAGCUGGCUCCUCACGACGGCCUUCCCGGGCCCGGUUUGUCCCCUUUGGCGGCCUCUCCAGGCCCAGCACCUCCUCAAGUCGGCCUCUCCAGACCCAGCUGCAGCCUCCCGGCGUCCUCUCCAGGCCCAGCUCUUCCUCCCGGCUGCGUCUACGGGCCCGUCUCCUGCCUCACAGCAACCGAUUUGGACUCAGCUCCUGCCCAGCUCCUGGCGGCCUCUGUCGGCCCAAAACAUCCUCAAGCCACGCUCUACCGGCCCAGCUCAGGCCUCGACGGUGGCCUCUCCGGGCUGAGCUCCUCGCCCUCCGACGGCAUCUCCGGGCCCCCAGACUUCCUCCAGUGGGCUCCUCUCGGCCCAGCUUGGGCCUCCCGGCGGCGCCUGCGGGCCCAACUCAUCGUGAAGCCGGCCUCCCCAGGUCCAGGUCCGGCCUCCCGGCGGCCUCUCCGGGCGCAGCACGUCCUCGAGUGGGCCCCUCCAGGGCCAGCUCCUGCCUCCCGUCGGCCUCUAGAGGCCCAGCCUCUGCCUCCCUCAUGGCGGCCCCUCCGGGCCCAGCUCUUCCUGGUCCUCCUGGCUGCGUCGACAGGCCCAACUCCUGCCUUCCAAGCAAAGCAAACAACCUCUCUGGGCUCAGCUCCUGCCCGGCUCCCGCCAGCCUUUGUGGGCCCAGCCCUUUCUCCAGCCGAAGCUCUGCAGGCCCGCCUUCUGCCUCCCGGUGGCCUGCGCAGAUGCAGCCCUGGCUGGAGAACAGCCCCUGCAGGCCCCGCUCCUGCUUCCCAGGGCCCUCUCCGGGCCCGGCUCUUGCCUGGCCUCACGGCGGCUUCCCGGGGCCAGGUUCCUGCCUGCCUUCCGGCAGCCUCGACAGGCCCAGCUCCUCCCUGACGGUGGCCUGUUUCG